CUCUCUGUCUCUACAAAUCCAAACUUGAGGCUGUGGCUAAAGUUAGCGCGGUCUACAGAGGUAUAUAAGCCCCCGAGGAUAGGGGUUUAAUGCGGCUUCACAUCAGUCUCUUCUCUUGUUGACCAUCCAAACCUCCAUACAUACCGUCUCGAGAUGGCACCAAAGAAGGCCAAGAGGAGGGGAGCAGCAGCAGAGGGCGGUUCCUCCAACGUGUUCUCCAUGUUUGAGCAGAGCCAGAUCCAGGAGUACAAGGAGGCUUUCACAAUCAUUGACCAGAACAGAGACGGUAUCAUCAGCAAGGAUGACUUGAGGGACGUGCUGGCCUCAAUGGGCCAGUUGAAUGUGAAGAAUGAGGAGCUGGAAGCCAUGGUCAAGGAGGCCAGCGGCCCCAUCAACUUCACCGUCUUCCUCACCAUGUUCGGAGAGAAGCUCAAGGGGGCUGAUCCCGAGGAUGUCAUCGUUAGUGCGUUCAAGGUCCUGGACCCCGAUGCUACCGGUUUCAUCAAGAAGGACUUCCUUCAGGAGCUCCUGACCACUCAGUGCGACAGGUUCUCUGCAGAGGAGAUGACGAACCUGUGGGCUGCCUUCCCCCCAGAUGUGGCCGGCAACGUAGACUACAAGCAAAUCUGCUACGUCAUCACACACGGAGAGGAGAAGGAGGAGUAAUGAAACAGACAGAAGAAAAGAAAACAGCCUCCCUUGUCAUUCUACCUUCCUGCUCCUCUCUUCUUCCUUCUAUUCUCUCAUACCUUCCUUCUCUUUAUGUGUACUCAUGUGCUCUGUCUCUCACUCACACAAAUUCUCUAAAAGACUCGUCUCCACUCAAGAAAUUUGUGUGAGAGCGGGUGCUCAUGGGUUGUCUAUGUUUGUUCGUGGGGAUAUGGGAUUAUUUUCAAUAAAAAUGAUCUUUUAACA